AUGGAGACUUGUGGCGGGUCGGUCACGUCUCUGCCCAAGGCAACUCAGCUCACAGCCCCCACUCAGAGCCCCCGACCUCCCCAGCUCACAGUCCCACACGACCUCUCAGCUCACAGCCCCACUCCAAGAGCCCCCGGCCUCCCCAGCUCACAGCCCCACUCCAGAGCCCCGACCUCCUCAGCUCACAGCCCCCCUCAGAGCCCCACGACCUCCUCAGCUCACAGUCCACACGACCGCCUCAGCUCACAGCCCACGACCUUCUCAGCUCACAGCCCACACGACCUCCUCAGCUCACAGCCCCACGACCUCCUCAGCUCAGCCCCACACGACCUCCUCAGCUCACAGCACGACCUCCUCAGCUCACAGCCCACGACCUCCUCAGCUCACAGCCCACGACCUCCCUCAGCUCACAGCCCCACGACCUCCUCAGCUCACAGCCCCACGACCUCCUCAGCUCACAGCCCACGACCUCCUCAGCUCACAGCCCCACACGACCUCCUCAGCUCACAGCCCCACGACCUCCUCAGCUCAGGCCCACGACCUCCUCAGGCUCACAGCCCCACACGACCUUCUCUGUUUACUUAA